CAGAAUGGCAGAGCAGACACCAGAUGAGUUUAUUUGGUGUGAGGACUGCGGGCAGUACCAUGACUCUGAGUGUCCUGAGCUGGGGCCUGUCGUCACGGUGAAGGACUCGUUUGUUCUGAGUCGGGCACGGUCGUCUUUACCAGGCAGCUUGGAGAUCAGGUUAGCUGAGAAGGGGAAAGAAGGUGUGUUUGUGCUUCGAUGGCUGGUUAAGAGGACUCGAUUUGGCCCAUUUGAGGCCAAGAAGGUUCCAAGCCUUCAAACUGAGGGGGCAUUUCCUUUAAAGGUAUUUCAAAAGGACGGCUCAGUGGUGUGUUUUGACAUGUCUAAUGAAGACGACUGUAACUGGAUGAUGUUGGUUCGGCCCGCCACAGACCACAAACACCAGAAUCUGACGGCCUACCAGCAAGAUGAUGAUGUUUACUUUAAUACAUCACAGGAUGUCCUGCCCGGAACAGAGCUUAGAGUCUGGUAUGGAGCUUUUUAUGCCAAAAAAAUGGAUCGGCCUGUCCUUAGGCCACCUGUUCUUCCACCUCCACCAGAAAUGGUGUCCAACAAACCUGGAGUCCCUCUGGCAAAGGGGGCACCAACAGAGACCCUUCCAGUCCCGGACCGGCUGCUUUGCCAAACCCCAGCACUUUCCACAGACCCACCUGUCCAGCAGGUUGCAGAGGCGGCAUCCCAAAACAACACAGCCAAAAUUGCCCCCACCCCACCAGAGCCAACUAGAAAGCAAGGCAGGCCACGACGGACAAAAGCACAGAAACCUGUGCCGAGUGGAACAGCUGAUUCUAGUCAAGCAGAAGCCCCUGUUUUUGUGUCCGGUGAGCAGCCUCUCAGUACUGUGGCUUCUGAUGUUCCCCUGUCUGUACUGGAUGUCCAAGAGGUGGUUGCCAGAGACGGCCCGCCACUCAAAACAUCUCGGGUGACACGCUCCCCUAUCUCCUCUGUGAAACCUGGUAUGAGGAAGAGAUCUCUGCGACAGGGAGGCGAUCAUAAAAGAGUUUUCCAGUGCUGCCUCUGCAGUAAGGUGUUUCAGAACAGCAGCAACCUCAACCGACACAUCCGUUCCCACGGCGAUAAAUGUUUUAAGUGUGAUGAGUGUGACAAGAUGUUCAGUCGAAAGGAGAGUCUGAAACAGCAUAUAUCAUACAAACACAGCAAGAAUGAGCCUGACAUAGAGUACAGAUACAAAUGUUCAACCUGUGGGAAAUCUUUCAGAGUGGAAAAUGCCUUAAGAUUUCAUAACUGCAGGACAGAUGACAAAACGUUCCAGUGUGAGAUAUGCUCAAGGUUUUUCUCCACUAACAGUAAUUUGUCCAAGCACAAAAAGAAACAUGGAGAGAAACUCUACGCGUGUGAAAUCUGCAAUAAGAUGUUCUACCGCAAAGAUGUCAUGCAGGACCACCAGAGGCGGCAUGUUGGCCCAAAGAACAUGAAACGAGAGGAGCUUGAAGCGAAUGGGGAGGAGGGAAGCAAAUACAGGAAGGAGCCUUCGGCAUGCCCCAUUUGUGGAAAGGUGUUUUCCUGUCGGAGUAAUAUGAACAAACACUUACUAACCCAUGGGGACAAGAAAUACACCUGUGAGAUCUGUGGCCGCAAGUUCUUCCGUGUGGAUGUGCUGAGAGAUCACAUACAUGUACACUUUAAGGACAUCGCCUUAUUGGAUGAGCAGGAGAGAGAGGACUUCAUUAAGAAGAUUGGCAUCUCUAUGGAGGAGAGUGAUGACAGCUCUGAUGAGGAAGAUGAGAAGAACGAUCCUGAUCAUCACAAAUACAGCUGCAAGAAAUGUCAAAUGACAUUCGCCAAGGGUCGUGACUACUUGAAACACAUAAUGGACAUGCAUAAAGAAAAAGGGUACAACUGCACCAUGUGUAACCGCCGUUUUGCUCUGAAGGCCACGUAUAACGCUCACCUGGUCAUCCACCGAGACCACCUGCCUGAUCCUGCAGUGCAGAAAUAUAUUCAUCCAUGUGACAUGUGCGGACGGAUUUUCAACAGUAUCGGCAACCUGGAGAGGCACAAAAUCAUCCACACAGGAGUGAAGAGCCACUGCUGUGAUCAGUGUGGAAAGUCCUUUGCCAGGAAAGACAUGCUAAAGGAACAUCUGAGGGUCCAUGACAACGUCAGAGACUUCCUGUGUGCGGAGUGUGGGAAAGGCAUGAAGACGAAACAUGCCCUACGGCAUCAUAUGAAGCUGCACAAGGGAAUUAAAGAAUACGAAUGUAAAGAAUGUAACCGCAAAUUUGCCCAGAAAGUCAACAUGCUGAAGCAUUACAAAAGACACACAGGCACAAAGGACUUCAUGUGUGAACUGUGUGGGAAAACGUUUAGUGAGAGAAACACAAUGGAGACGCACAAGCUUAUUCAUACAGUUGGAAAGACGUUUUCUUGCUCCGUCUGUGACAAGAAGUAUGUGACGCAGUAUAUGCUGCAGAAACACAUGCAGCUGACCCAUGAGAAGGUGGAGGCUCAGAGCUGCCACCUGUGCGGCACCAAAGUCUCCACACGCGCCUCCAUGAACCGCCACAUGCGCCGCAAACACCCCGAGAUUGUGACCGUACGAUUGGGUGACUUUGAUCUUCAAGAACCAUCAACAGUCGAUGCUUCCACCAUCAGUAUUGCACAGCCCUCUCUGACUCUGGAGAAAGGCUCUCUGACUGCGGAAAAAGUCUCCAGGAACUCCAAUCCCACCAAGAAUAGGGCUAAACUCCUGCCUCAUGAGCCAGAGCUGUCUGAUUCAGACGAGUAUGCUGACUUCACCAGCAAAACCACUGAGUUCUCGACCACCGUGGGAGAUGAAACCAACUCUGCUGUGCAGAGCAUUCAGCAGAAUCACAGUGGCAGUGUCACUUGCCUGGAUUUUAGUAGCAAUGGCAAAUACCUUUCAUCUUGCUCUGAUGACCGUACCAUCAGGAUCUGGAGCUCUAAAGACUUCCUGGACAGAGAUCACAAGUGCUUGCGGGCCAACGUUGAGUUUGACCAUGCCACACUCGUCCGCUUCAGCCCAGACUCUCGAGCAUUUAUCACUUGGCUGGCUAAUGGAGAGACCAUUCGCAUCUAUAAGAUGAUUAAAAAGGAUGAUGGGACAUUCAGUUUCAAAGCUGCCUCGGAGGAUUUCCCUCAAAAACACAAGGGGAUCGUUAUCAACAUCGGAAUCGCAGAGACGGGCAAAUUUAUAAUGUCUGCCUCUGUUGACACUACCAUUGUGAUCUGGGAUCUGAAGGGAGAGGUUUUAGCUACUAUAAACACUAAUCAGAUGACCAACUCGCAUGUUGCUGUGUCACCGUGUGGAAGGUUUGUUGCUUCCUGUGGCUUUACCCCUGAUGUGAAGGUGUGGGAGGUUUGCUUUGCUAAAUCAGGGGAGUUCAGAGAGGUUGCCCGUGCGUUUGACCUUAAGGGACACUCAGCUGGGGUUUACUCCUUUGAUUUCUCUAAUGACUCUCGGAGAAUGGUGACUGUGUCCAAAGACGGCACGUGGAAGCUGUGGGACACUGAUGUGGAGUAUAAGAAUAAGCAGGACCCAUAUUUGCUCCGGACUGUGCCAUGUCAGGUGGCAGAGGGGAGCCGCAUUGCCCUGUCUCCCGACGGUCGUGUAGUAGCCAUAUCAAACGGUUGUGAUAUAGCCAUGUACAGUGCCAGCACUGGUGAACUAGAGGAGGAGUUUCACGGUGUUCACAGCGAAGAGAUAACUGACCUUAAGUUUGACAUCAAUAAUCGUUUCUUAGUAAGUAGUGGGGACCGUGCCAUUCACGUCUUUCACAAUGUAACCGGUUACCGUGCUGCCAUCCAGGACAUGCAGACCAUGCUGAAGAAAGCCUCAAAUGAUGGAGUGAGACAGAGACUCCAGCAGCAGAUAACAGAUGCUCAGAAUGCUCUGGACACAGUGCUGAAUGCAACAAAGAACUAAAAGCUGAUUUAUUUUCACUUGAAAGCUGGUCUGUUUUUGGUUGCUUUGCAUACUGGUUUUGUUGAAUAAAUUGGCUGUU